AUGUACCAGUUACUGAUCUUGGCACCAGGGUUUGCGUUUACUGCUGGUUCUGUUCUCAUAGUGGAACCGGGACACAAUUAUGUAAACGGAAGUUUCAUUGGGGUCGGUGGUGGUGGUUCAGGCCUUCAAGGCGAGAUCUUCGUAAACUCAGCUGGAUCCAUUGUUUCCGCAGCUUUCAAGUCCUUUGGCAGCGGAUAUGCACAAAACCCAGAGGAAAUUGUCAUCUCUUUCUCUGGAACUAAGAUAUCACAAACUGGAGCUUUGACCAGAUUGCAAAUAGUUGCUCCUGGAUACGAUUAUAUUUCCGGAGAAUUGAUUGAUUCUGGUUCAAUUUCACAGAUAGUCAUCGUGUCGGGGGGUCAAAACUAUUUGAAUGGCACACUCGUUGCAGUUGGUGGAGAGGGAAGUGGAUUUGCUGGUUCGUUUUCUGUGAAUAAUCAGGGUCAAAUAAACAGUAUUUUGAUUCGCAAUCACGGAACUGGAUACAAAACACCGCCCGUCAUCUACUUUGGAUACCUCAACAGCACACAGAUACAGGACGGUACUGUGACUGGCAUCAAGAUUGUUGAAGGAGGACAAAAUUAUAUCGAUGGAGAAUUUCUGGGAUUAGUGUCCAAUAGUCUAGAAAUAAGUGGAGUCUUCUACACGACAAGCGGCAAAAUAGAAAGUGACACGGUGAUUGAAUUGUUGCUCUACUUGAAGUUUGAGUCAGGAAGCAUAACUUCGGUUGCAUUCUCAGCCAUCAGCACAGAAGGUUGUUCAGACAACCACACGAUCACUGCGUCUGGUGGGGGAGGCACCGGGUUUCUGGCAAUAUCCAGAGCUGGGCGCACCAGCUUCAGUUCCUUCAAGAUUGGACGAUUGCAUAGUGCCACGACUUGCAAGGUAAGAGGUGUUGGAACGGCUACCAUUCCUCAUGGAGCUCAGAUCUCGGCAAAGCAUGGGUAUGGUGGAAAAUUGGAGGUUCAAUUGGGAAAUUAUUUCAAAUCGAAUGUCCCAGUUACUGGCACUGUCUCGAUGUCUGUGACUGAAUUUCAGUUGGAGUUGCGUCUGGCAGUGCAAGUCAACUCUAUAGUUUUGAUCGUUCAAGCAAUGUCUGGAUGGUGA